AUGCGAAGGUGGGCUAUAAUCCCAGUUUCGUUUGGCGGAGUAUUUGGAAGGCUAGAGAUGCCCUUACCGGUAAGAUGGCGGAUUGGUGAUGGUAGAAACAUAAGAAUUAUGAAUGAACCAUGGCUAAGAGGGACUAGAGAAUGUUGUUUGAUGGGCCCUCAAAAUCAAGGUGUGUAUACUUUAACUAUUAAUGAUCUUUUGCUGCCUAAUGUCAAACAAUGGAAUAUGGGAGUUUUACGUGAUUUGUUUGAUUACUCAAUGGUUCGUGAUAUUUUACAAGUUCCGUUGUCAGAAGAAGUGAUCGAAGACCGUAUGAUCUGGAAGGAUGAUCUUUGUGGCCAUAAUUAUGAGGACGAUUGGCAUGUUUUUGUUGGUUGUUCGGAAACUUUCUCUUGUUGGCAAUCGGCUGGUCUUAAUGAUAUCAUCUCUCCUCGUCUCCAUUCUUUCCAGGAUCUCAAGUCCUUUAUCUUUGAUAUUUGCCUGAAGGAUGAUAGGUAUACUGUAGGAAGAGUGGCGGUUAUGUUGGAAGGGUUAUGGAAGAAUAGGAAUGACUUCGUGUGGCAUAAUGAAAAGGAAGAUGCUUCCAAACUUGGUUGGUUAGCAUUCCAUAAGUGGCAAGAUUGGUUUAUGGCCCAAAAUAUUCGGGCGCCGCAGUUAGAUAACGGAGAAGUGGCUUCAUGGAACCCGCCUCCUAUUGGUAGCUUCAAAUGUAAUGUGGAUGCCGCUUUCAACAAGCGUGUAGGGACUACGAAUCGAGGGUGGUGUAUGCGUAACGACCAUGGUAACUUUGUUGCCGCAGGUACGGCUUGGGAUGGUAGUAACUUUUCGGUGUUGGAAGCGGAGGCCUUAGCUCUUAAGGAAGCAAUUCAUUCUGUUAUUAUGUUUCAUAAUGCUCCGACAAUUUUUGAAAGUGAUUCUCAACAGGUGGUCCAAGCCCUUAGAUCUAAUAAGCCGGGUAGCUCUGAGUUUUUCUCUAUUAUUAAUUCUAUUAAGCUGUUGCUAUUAGAUUUCCCCUACUUUGAGGAGAAGUCGGCUCCGACAACGAUCAAGGAUUGGUCGCGCUUAAGUUCAUCUACGACGGUUUAUGCUCAGCUUGCCGAGAUGUCGGACCAAGUCGAGAAAGCCAGAAGUCGCCAUUCAAAUCUGUCGGCAUUGGAGAGUUCGGAGAAGAUUCAGUCUUCUGCUAAAGCUACUCACAAUGACGCGGUCACGCGGCCUUCGAAAGAUAAGUGA